AUGGAUGCGAUAAAAGACUACGUAACGUCAAGACUCUGGUUCACUUAUCGUAAGAAUUUCAUGCCCAUAGGGGGUACUGGACCGACGAGCGAUCAGGGUUGGGGUUGUAUGUUGCGGUGUGGUCAGAUGUUGCUGGCACAGGCAUUGAUCAUACGUCAUCUGGGCAGUGAUUGGACCUGGAAGAGGAACAACAAAGAGGACGAAUAUAAACGUAUUAUCAGA